UAUGUAGCGAAAGUGUCAAGUGCACAGGUGACACGGGGCGUUGGCCAGGAGUAUCCUGAAGCUCUUGUUUGUGCACCCACAGAGGCUAAAGUGCUGUCUUCUCUUGGAGAGAGAGGUUCGGGUCAGUCUGCUCUGCAGUCUGGAAGUAAGCAGCUGGAGCGCCUGUUGACAACCCAAAAGCCUUGUUAGUCUAGUCACCCCCGGUGGAACUCUGAAGCAGGAGUGGGGGGUGGGAAAGGAAGCAGAUAAAAGGCAAGUGAAAGAAAGGAGGAGGGGCAGGCUCUGACCCAGUCAGCCCUGUGCUCUCUUCCUGCCUAGCCUGGGCCAGUCUCCAGGAGCCCAAUGGCCAACUAUGAAUUUUCCCAGGUGUCUGAGGACAGACCUGGCUGCCGCCUCACUAGGAAAGCCCAGAUCGGUCUCGGAGUGGGUCUCCUGCUCCUGGUCGCCUUGGUAGUGGUCCUGGUCAUAGUUCUGUGGCCGCGCUCACCCCUGGUGUGGAAUGGGAAGCCUACCACGAAGCACUUCGCUGACAUCAUCUUGGGACGCUGCCUGAUCUAUACUCAAAUCCUCCGGCCGGAGAUGAGAGAUCAGGACUGCAAGAAGAUACUGAGUACAUUCAAAAAAGGGUUUAUUUCCAAGAAUCCUUGCAACAUCACCAAUGAAGAUUACGCACCACUGGUUAAAUUGGUUACUCAAACCAUACCAUGUAACAAGACUCUCUUUUGGAGCAAAUCCAAACACCUGGCCCAUCAGUAUACUUGGAUCCAGGGGAAGAUGUUCACCCUGGAGGACACACUGCUGGGCUACAUUGCAGAUGAUCUCAGGUGGUGUGGAGACCCCAGUACUUCCGAUAUGAACUAUGACUCUUGCCCACAUUGGAGUGAAAACUGUCCCAACAACCCUGUUGCUGUAUUCUGGAAUAUGAUUUCCCAAAAGUUUGCAGAAGAUGCCUGUGGUGUGGUCCAAGUGAUGCUCAAUGGGUCCCUCAGUGAGCCAUUUUACAGAAACAGCACCUUUGGAAGUGUGGAAGUCUAUAAUUUGGACCCAAAUAAGGUUCAUAAACUACAGGCCUGGGUAAUGCAUGACAUUAAAGGAACUUCCAGUAAUGCAUGUUCGAGCCCCUCCAUAAAUGAGCUGAAGUCGAUUGUGAACAAAAGGAAUAUGGUAUUCGCCUGCCAGGAUAACUACCGACCUGUAAGAUUUCUUCAGUGUGUGAAGAAUCCUGAGCAUCCGUCAUGUAGACUUAAUGUAUGAAGGACUUGGAUCUCAGAAUCCCCCCACACACUCCGCAGCAUGCAAUGAGGUGAAAGAUUUAGAAGCAACACUGUCGGGAAAGCAGCAGUUGUCAGGGAGAGGUCUCUACUACAAUGCUAACCUCAGAGAUGGAAGAGCUUCCCAAUACAUUAUGACAGAACGACACGAUCCGCUUAGGGCGUCCUGUGUACUACCAGUAAUAGUCAAGAAAAGUCACUCCAUAAACCAGAGUUAAGGUUCUAUAUUGUUAUUUCAAUGUGGUGCUUUUAUAUUGUUUAUAUUUUUGCUAGCAUCCUUUUUUCCUCUCUUUUAAUGAAGUCUCUCUUUCUCUCUUAAUGAGGCUGAGAAUCAGACCUGAGAACUUGCACACAUGGUGGAUAAGCCUAUAUACCACUGAGCUAACUCCUCAGCACAGCUGGAUUUUUAUUGAAAAAUGCCAAUCCAACUUCCCAUUGGACAAAGAAAAUCAAACGUCAAGUUUAUCGAAAUGAAUAACCUUAUUUUUUUAUGUUUUUGCAUUCUCCCCACAAAUAUUCAAAUGGUAAACAUGAGGUCAUAGGGUCAUUAUAGAGAAGGUGCUCUGUGGAAACUACCCACAUGCCCUGUGCUUUAGUCGAUUUUUAACCCAUCCAACAUGUCCUUGUUAACUUUGAGUUUUAUUGGGGGGGGUGGAGAGGGUUAGCAUGAGAAAAUGGAAUUUAGAGAGAUAAUUUAUUUUCCUAAAGUCACAUUCUUAGGAUCAUGGUUACAUCUGGAAUUAAAUCAGUUCUGUCAAAGUCCACAACAUAAGAUAUUUUUUUUUCUUUUCUGAGCUUUUAUUGCCAAGUUGAUAGUAGCCUGUGUUAUCGUCUAGCAAUAGACUCUGCAAUGUGAUCUUUAUGGGUGAUCCCGAAACUAAUUACUUUCACUCUCUUUCUCUCCCUCCUCAUUCUUGGUGCCUUCUGUAGGUAGUCAGGAGUUAGCUUACAUUUGUUGCUGAUAUCGGCAAUUUAUGUUUUUUAUCCUUUUUUUUCUUAGAUCUGUCUUGCUCAGAGUCACUAAUUUGGUUGUUAUUUUGUUGUUGUUGGUUGUCUUUUUCAAAGCUCCACUCUUUACCCUUCCUCAUUUAUUUAUUUAAUUGAGUUUUUGUCUAUUUUUAGAAACAUAGAAAUUUCUUCUGUCUUCAAUAUCUCCAUUUAGCUUUUUUGAGGCAAAUGUUUAGACCAUUGCUAUUUCAGCCUGUUCUCUUUUUUCUUUUUUAUAGGGUAUUUUAUGUAUUUACAUUUCAAAUGUUAUCCCCUUUCCCAGUUCCCUCCUCUCCAGUCCCCCCUCCCCCUGAUUCUAUGAGGAUACUUCCCCUUCCACCCACCCAUUCCCACCUCACCACCCUGGCAUUCAUUCCCCUACACUGGGGAAAUGAGCCUUCACAGGACCACGGGCUUCUCCUCCUAUUGAUGCCUGACAAAGCCAUCCUCUGCUACAUAUGUGACUGGAGUUAUGGGUCCCUCCAUGUGUUCUCCUUAGUUGGUGGUUUGGACCCUGAGCACUCUGGUGGGUCUGUUUGGUUGAUAUUGUUGGUCUUCCUAUGGGGUUGCAAACCAUUUCAGCUCCUUCAGUUCUUUCUCUAUCUCCUCCAUUUAGGUCCCUGUGCUCAGUCCGAUGUUUCUCACACAUGUAUUUUAGGUCUCUAGUUUCCCCCUGGGCCCUGCUUUUGCUGUAAUACUGAAUUUCUGUAUGCCUUUCCUGGUUACUUACAAUUCAGUUCAAAAUAAUUCCUGAUUUUAUUGUUAUUUAGAAAUGUGAUAUUUACUUUUCAACAACUAAAGAAUGUUUUCUUUUUUUUAAAAUGUCUUUAGUGGGUAUCAAUAAACUAAAUUGACACAGCA